AUGGUGCUUUACAAAGCACCGCGGCUGUUGGACUUUGCAAAGACACCUGAACACCUUCAGUUUAACAAGUAUGUCCUGACGGGUUACCGGCCGGUGUCCACGGUUCAGGAAUGUCUCAGGAGCCUCUUCUACAUGCACAAUGAGCUGGGGAACAUUUACACCCAUGGUGUCCCUUUUUUCCUUUUCUUGGUGCUGCUGCCCUUCAGUAUCCCCUGGAUGGAGGUGGAUAGUAUCUGGAUCUGUGUAGUCCACUACCUGGCCUGCCUCUGCCCCACCGUGGGCUCCGUGGUCUACCAUGUGUUCAUGAACCAUGUGGGAGGAGAACAUGUGUACGACACGCUGCUCUCCCUGGACAUGUUUGGAGUCUGCCUCGUGAACACUCUGGGUGCACUUCCCAUCAUCUACAUCACCCUUCUGUGCUACCCGACCGUGCAGCAUGCGGCCCUGCUGGCCUACAUCCUCCUCUCGGCCUACGGCAUCUACUGCGCCACCACGGCCCGUACCAACAUCCUGCGGCUGCAAGCUUUCAUCUGGCAGGCCCUGUUCCGCUUCUGCCUCUUCCUGUUCCGGGUGUACGGUAGCGGGGUGGGCAGCCCAAACUCCCUGCGUCUCUUUGUCACCAUGGACUCUCUGGCUGUAGUGGGCGGGGUGGUCAACAUCAUCCAGAUCCCCGAGCGCUUCGUCCCCGGCCGCUUUGACAACUGGGGUAACAGCCACCAGAUAAUGCACGUCAUGGUUAUCUGCUCAAUCAUCUACCUGCACUGGGGCACUCUGGAGGAUUUAGAGUGGAUAAAGAGCUUCCAGUGUCCCACCGAGUGAUACAAAGUAUAUAAAGUACACCUGCUUACACUCGAGGCUGAUAGAAAGAUUUAGGACUCGAUGAAGCAGUAAAGUAUAAAGAGAAGAGUUGUUUCAAUGCACUUUUAUGCACUUAGUCU